AUGGCCACUCUAACAAGGUUAUCCCAGUCUCCGGCGGUUCAGGUUACCUCGGAAGGAGCUGUAACCGUCUCGUACCCCACGCUGAAGUCGUCGCCAUUAUCUCUUCGAGAUUCCAUUGAACAGGCGUUUGGAUCUCAUCCCAAGUCAUUGGGCAUCAUUAUCGUGAAGGAUUUGCCCGAGACUUAUCGCUCGCAGCGCGAGCGACUCUUGAAGAUCGCCGACAAAUUUGCGAGCCUCGACGAGGCAACGAGAGAGAAGUAUGCAGACUCGCGGAGCCGAUAUAGCUUCGGAUGGUCGUAUGGCAAGGAAAUCAUGAACGGAAAGCCAGACACCUUGAAGGGUUCAUACUAUGCCAAUCCAAUCGUGGACAAACCGACCGUGUCUCAGGCGCUGAAAGAAGCAUAUCCCGAGUACUAUGGGGAGAACAUUUGGCCGGAUAAGGAUCUGAAACCAGUGGAAGGGUUCGAAGACGCCUUCAAGGACCUCGGAAGAUUCGUCUUCGCAGUAGGAUGUGAACUGGCGGCUGCAUGCCAGCCAUUUGGCAAGCACAUACCAUCCUAUCUUACGGACGCCUCGAUCUCGCUCCCGCAGCUCAUCAGCAUGUCGCAAACGACGAAAGCCCGUCUUCUUCACUACUUCCCUCCAUCGGCUGAGAACCCCCUUCCGUCAGAAGAUGAGCCCAUAGACAGCUGGUGUGGCUUCCAUCUCGACCACUCCCUGUUGACGGGAUUAUGCUCAGCAAUGUAUCUCCGCCACGAGCCUGGACAAUCAGAGCCUGAAAUCGUCAGCUCUCCCUCGCCCUCUAGCGGACUGUAUAUACGCACUCGCGGCGGCGACCUCACGAAGGUGUCGAUCCCCAGCGAUUGUCUCGCAUUCCAAACGGGCGAAGCGCUCGAAUUGGCAACGGGAGGCAAGCUUCGUGCGACCCCUCACUGCGUCCGGGUGGGCGCCGGUGAAGGCGCCGAGAAGGUGUCUCGAGAGACGUUCGCGCUCUUCAUGCAGCCCGACGUCGACCAGACGAUCGGCCCCAAUAACACGUUCGGACAAUUCAGUAAGAAGGUGUUCGAUGAGCAUUACAGGGACGAAGCCGUACUCUAG